CCAGCAUGCUAAUGCUAAUGUGGCUACAAGUUGGGAGCGACCAAAACAAACGAUGACGGCGGAGCAGAGAAACCGAAAAAAGCUUGGAUUAAGCAUGGAACUGCGUUUGCUUUAAUCGUGGUGGUGGAGUUUAGGGAGGGUAUCAAAGAUACCUGUAUGUCAACAUUAGAAAGUAUGCGUUUAUGAAUGCCAGCGGACGAGUUUGCCAGCUGUAACUGUGUCUGGGAUCGAUGUUUCCUCUGUACACUAACGCUAUGCUUUGGCUAACUAGCUAAGUGGUUACUAGCUGUCAACAAAGCUUAUCCCGGAAGAACACCAUUUGACAUUGCAAAGUAGUGUUCUCGCUAGGUUGUCGUUGAUUACGAAAAAUGCAGAGAUAGUUAAACGGACUGUGGUUUAUGUGCUGACGCCAAUCCCCUUUAAGAUCCGUGUUACAGCUCCUGGAGUUAGGGAUAGGUAGCUAGCAAAACAGUCGAAAUGAGUUGGUUCAACUCCUCUCUUUCCAGCUUCGCUAAACAAGCUUUAACAACAGCCCAGAAGUCAAUCGACCGAGUGUUGGACAUCAAAGAGGAGGACCAAUGGGGUGACACAGUUGUAAUGCCCUAUGAUGAUGUAACAAUACCUGGAAAGCUGUCACUGAGUGGAGGAUGGGGAAUGACGCAGUGGGAAGCACCCCCCGAAGAAAGGACCAUCACUCCUCCUCCUUCCUCUGAUGCCAUCACCACUCCUGUCACCCGCACAGUUGUGGAUGAAUCCGAAAACUUUUUCACUGCCUUUCUGCCACCCGGAGAUGUACAAGGUGUCACCAACACCCAGGUAGUGUCUGUACCCCCUACCAAGUCGCAAAGGCGGCCUCAGGAGAAGGAAAAGAAAAGCAAAGCUAAGGCUGUGGCUUAUGAAGAAGAAAAUUCAGCACCUGCUGAUGAGAGUCUAGACAAUCAGACGGAUGAUGAGAGCCAGAUAGUUGAGCUUGAGUCCUCACAAGAAGAACCUUACUCAGACACUAUCCUCCUGCAGCCAGUUUCUCCUGCUACUUCUCCCAGCGAUCUUCCAGACAGCAAAACGAGCGAUGUAGAAACAGAAAUUGGAUCUACAGUUUCUGUAGAGUCGACACCAGAGCAGUCACAGCCUCCAUCAGAUUUCCAGGUGGAGCAGGAUACCACAGAUUCCUCUGAACCUGCUGCUGUCACUUCUGAACUUAAGAGCUCUACACCCUCUGAUCCUUCGCCCUCCCCUCCCUCUAAGGAAGUGCUCGUAGAGAAUAAAGACUCAAAGGUGGAGGACCGUCAAAGUGAUACACCCUCUCCUCCGGUCAGCGCUUUCUCCUCAGGAACCUCCACCACCAGUGACAUCGAAGUGCUUGACCAUGAGUCAGUGUUGAGUGAGAGCUCAGCCAGCUCCAGACAAGAAACAGGGGAGGGCAAGGCCGGCCUUCACCUAAUGCAGGGUUCCUUUCAGCUUCUCACUGCCUCCACCUGUGGAGAUUUCCCCCGUCUGGAGGACUACUCCAAACUCACAGAGAGCUGCGGCUCCUCCUCGGACGCAUUCGAGCGCAUAGAUUCAUUCAGCGUGCAGUCGUUGGAUAGCCGGAGUGUCAGCGAGGUUAACUCGGAUGAUGACAUUCCAGGCAGUCGGACGCUGGCGUCUGUCACUACGGGCUCUCCUCCUCUGACAGUGUCAUCAGCUGUGUGUCAGAAGCAGGAAGAUGGAGGGGUGGAUAAUUUAGGAGAGGAGGAGGAGGAUGAGGAGGAAGAGGGCUAUACAGACACAAUGAGGGAGCAGUCGUUGGAUGAGAUGGAGGAGAGUGGCCGAAGUGCGACGCCUGUUAAUAGUGAUCAGCCUGAAGAUUUGAUGGAGCAGGAGCAGGACUCUGAGGCUAAUGUCACUCUGUCUGAUCCCGCCUCCAACGCUGAGGAACAGAUCGCUCCACCAAUCACAGCAGAGAUGAAAAGUGUCUCCACAGUUCAGAUUUUGGAGCUUCAAAAGGUGAUUGAUGAUCUGUCAGGCCGCCUUGAGAAGAGAGAGUCUCAGCUGCUGGCUGUCAGCAAAGACAAGGCCACGCUGGAGGAGCAGUGUGACAACCUCAAAGAUGAAGUGAUAAGCCUGAAGGAGGAGAGCUCCACUGUUCAGUCCCUGAAGGAUGAGUUCACCCAGCGCAUAGCAGACACAGAGAGGAAGGCUCAGCUGGCCUGCAAAGAGAGAGACAUAGCCAAGAAGGAAAUAAAGGGCUUGCGAGAAGAGCUUUCUACAAGACUUCACUCCAGCGACACACUCGAGAUCAUCAGAGAGAAGGAAGAGCAGAUCAGAGGCCUGCUGGAAGAAGGGGAAAAGUUGUCUAAGCAGCAGCUGCAGCACAGCAACAUCAUCAAGAAGCUGCGGGUGAAAGAGAAGGACAGCGACACAAGGAUCACUAAGCAACAGAAGAAAAUCAAAGAGCAGGAGGAGGAGCUCAGGCAACUGCAGCAGGUUCUAGAUAGUAAGGAGGAGGUGGAGAAACAGCACAGGGAGAACAUCAAGAAGCUGAACGCAGUGGUGGAGCGGCAGGAGAAGGAUCUGAGCCAGCUGCAGAUGGACUCUGAGGAGCUGCAGGAGAAGAACCGAAGCGUGCAGGCAGCUCUGGACAACUCCUACAAGGAGCUGGCAGAGCUUCACAAGGCGCAGGUCAGCAGAGCCAGUGAGGCUCAGGAAGCAGCUCUUAGCAGAGAAACGCAGGCCAAGGAUCUGCUGAGCCUGGCGCUGGAGAAGGCCCAGGAGGAGGCCAGGAUACAACAGGAGGCUCUAGCCAAUCAGGUGGCGGACCUGAGGAUGGCUCUGCAGAGGGCUGCUGAGCAACAGCAAGGAAGGAAGGAAGAUUAUCUGAGGGAGGAGAUCAGUGAGCUGCAGCAGAGGCUUCAGGAGGCAGAGAACAGGAACCAGGAGCUUAGCCAGAGUGUUACCUCGGCAACACGGCCCCUACUGAGGCAGAUUGAGAAUUUACAGGCAUCCUUAGGCGGACAGACGGCAUCCUGGGAAAAACUGGAGAAGAACAUCUCUGAUAGGCUAGCGGAUGCCCAGGCACAGCUGGCCGUUGCUGUGGAGAGGGAGCGAUCAGCGAGUGAAGAGCUUCUGUCCAUCAGGUCGCAGCAGGCCUCUCUGGAGUCUCAGAUCUCGCUGUUCCGACAGGAGAAGGCCCGACUCCUGGCACAGCUGGAUGCUGAGAAGAACAAGAGAGGGAAACUGGAAGAUGAGAGCACUAGGGAGCAUGUUGAAUUGGAGAAUCUGCGAGGAGAGCACAACCGCAUGCUAGAAGAAUCCAAGAAAGAAAAGCUGCUGCUGACCAAUCAGUUAGAGAUGGAGAGGAUGAAGGUGGAGCAAGAGAAGAAGAAAUGCUACUUGGCUAACGAAGCCCUCAAGGAAAAGGAGCGGAAGGCCAUGACUCACUCUGUAGGAGAGCCGCCGGCGUCUUCCACUCCAUCCCUGUCCCGCUCUAGCUCCAUCAGUGGGGCGGAAAACGCUGGUCUACACUCCUCUAUUCUUUCACAGGAGGACCUUUUAGACCACUCUCUUGGCAACAUGACCAUGUCCAUGUCGAUGAGCGGGACCAACCUGUACGAGGCCGCCCGGCUGUCGGGAGGCUCCAGCAUCAUGGAGAACCUCCAGUCUCAGCUCAAACUUAGAGAAGGAGAGAUAGCUCAACUGCAGCUUGAGAUCUCCAGUCUCGAGAGGAGUCGUUCUGUGAUGGCAGAAGAGCUGGUCCGACUGACCAAUCAGAACGAUGAGAUGGAGGAGAUGGUGAAAGAGAUUCCAACGUUUAAAGUUCAACUCAAGGAUCUGCAGCAGAGGCACAACACCAUCCUGCAGAUGUACGGAGAAAAAGCCGAAGAGGCAGAGGAGCUGAGACUGGACCUGAUAGACGUGAAGAACAUGUACAAAACCCAGAUAGACGAACUGCUGAAGAACCAGAAAUAAACUUUUACUAUGCUUGUGUCGAUUCUGGGACACUAUCAACAAACCAAUCAAUAGCUACACAUGCAUCCCAUAAAAGAAAAGGUCAGAUAAUUUAAGUUCAAUCACUGUGACAAAGGAAAGUUAUUUUAUCUUUAGCUCUUAUUUUAUUUUAAAGGAACAUAUUAUAUUUAAGUGGGGGUGUUGGGACUUUGCAUAACAUACAACAUAUUAUUACAGAACCAGUAUGAAGGAUACCAUUUAAAGUCUUUGGGAUCUUUAGAAAUCAUUUCUCAUGAUUGAACCUUUUACAUAGUAUCAUAUAGACAGUUUCCUACAGACUGUGGGAGAUGGUUUAAGUUUUUUGCACUAUAGAAAUUCAUCCUUCUUUAUUUCUUGAUGCAAAAUAACUGAAGAAAUAUAUUAAAAGAUUGUACAGAGACAUGUAUGUAUUGUUCUUGACUCCUUGCAAAUCACAUUAUGUGGUGUAGACCUGAGAGUAGUGUAUGAUUCAAAUCCUGAAAAUUGGAUUCUUAAGCUUAAAUAUAUAUAUAUAUGUAAAUGAAUAAACAUUGAUCUGGGUGGUGAACAAUACUGUUACUCUUAUAAUUGUUUGGAUCACAUAUUAAGUUAUCAUUUUCAUUUCAUCCAUACAGAACACUACCCUCAAUGCUGCACAAAAGUCUUCAAAUAAAUAUAAUUUGAACAACUUCA